UGAAUUCUUUUAUAUUAUUACUGUAUAUUAUAAUAACUAUUAGCCAUAACUCCGAAAGUGCUAAUGAACCUGAUGAAAAUGAUGACUCUAAGGAUGAUGAAACCUUAGCUAUUCCUUCUGACGAUGACACAAAAAUGAACGGUAAUUGCUCUGGAGUAUUAUUGAAUAACGUACACGAAGUACGAAAGGCAGUUAUCGGCCAAUUCCCGUAUGUGGUCGCUUUAAUAUCGCCUGAGGAUGAAUAUGUUUGUGCUGGAUCAAUUGUUGCUGAUAGACUUAUCUUAACAACUGCUGAAUGUGCUGAUACAGCAAAAUAUGUUCUUAUCAAUACAACUAGUGCUAAAAGAGGUAAAACAUCGGUUAAUAAUAUUUUAUUAAAUAUAACACAAAAGGAAAAGUUUCCAACAAAUGACAAAAAUGUGGCUCUUCUUUAUGUGGAAAAGUCGAAUAGCUCAUUUCAAUUAUCGAAAAUUUUAGUAAGUAAUUUCACAAGGCCAGAAGAAGUAAAGAGUGCUAAAGCCAUUGGAUUCGGCCUUAAUACGGAAACUGGCCAAACCAAGAAGCUACAAUAUGUUGGACUAUAUGUUAGAAAUGCUGGUGACACAAGCAAUGCGUUUAUAAAGUGCAUCUACACAACAGUUCCGUCUUGCUUUAAAGAUAAAGGCGGUCCUGUGAUAUAUAACGAUGAAUUAGUUGGUGUUGUCACGGAGGGAGCAAGAGAAUGUGCAUUAGAAAUCACAUCACACUAUGACAUAGAUAAACAUAUGCUUAACUUUAUUAACGCCUAUGUUUUCAAGGCAUGGCUUGAUGAUAAAAUUAAUAAGAAAAAUGAAACUCUGGAUUCCGAUGAAACAGUCAUCUCACGUCGUCGCUUCACUCCUGUUGGUACAGGAAGAGCACUAAUGAUAAAAAUUUCACCUGCGAUUUUGAUUCACAUAUUGUUUAUUAUUUGAGAAUUUUUAA